CAACCCCCCCGCCAACCACUGCCACGGCCACUUCUACCAAAACACCACCACUGAUCCCAUCAUCGUCUCUUCCACGCCUCCACUCGCCUUUCCAGCUUGUAGCUCAGGUACGUGCAAUGCCAUAUGAGGUUUCCCCCAUCGAAGAGCUGCCCUCAAAAUAGCUCCGUCUCCGUCAUAUAAUGCCAGGAAGGCCCCCCGCUAUACCACAUCUACAGCUUGCAAGGGCACUGGCAUGGGCCUUUCUACGCACAUCUCACUAACAUUACGGGCCUUUAGAUACCCUGGCAUACGCCGUGUAGUGCCAUCUCAACGCUUCGUAUCGCUGCUGAGCUUCAACGGCGCCCUCAAAAUACAGAACUAACACGCGAUCGAUAUUGCCAAAGCCCCAGGUAAACAGACUAGCUCUGGGCCUCAUUGAAUCUCCUCACCAGACCAACCCAUCACAAGCUCCUCCUUCGCAUCCUUCGACAUGGCGGAUGGCCCUGAUAAGACCGACGAGCUCUACCCUAUUGCCGUUCUCAUCGAUGAGUUAAAGGUGCGGAUCUUGCUGUCCAUCAGGGGAACUUUUGGACGGGCCUAUACUUACGGCUAUUCUAGCAUGACGAUGUUCUUCUCCGACUAAAUGCCAUACAUCGUCUCUCAACAAUCGCACUCGCGCUGGGAGCGGAGCGCACACGGGAUGAAUUGAUUCCUUUCCUGGACGGUAUGUUGGAAACAUAAGACAAGACCUGCUGGAGUUUCAUGAGCUUAUUAUUUUGCGCAGAAUCGGUCGAGGAUGAGGAUGAGGUCCUGACUGCCUUGAGUGAGGAACUCGGGGGCUUUGUUGAAUACGUUGGUGGGCCAGAAUGGGGUCAUGUCUUGCUUUCACCACUCGAGAACCUCGCGGCAAUCGAGGAACCCUUGGUGCGAGAAAAGGUAUGUUUGGAUGGAGUGCAACAGUGUCAUCUACUGACAGAUUCAGGCGGUUGAAUCUCUAAACAAAAUCUGCGAGGAGCUCUCAUCUCAGCAAGUCGAAGAAUAUUUUAUCCCCCUGACCAUCCGUCUUUCGAAAGCCGACUGGUUUACAUCAAAGAUCUCAGCAACUGGUCUCUAUAAUGUCCCAUACAAAAAGGCGUCGCCUCCAAUGCAGGAGCAACUUAGGCACCAAUUUGGCCUCCUUGUGCACGAUGAGACCCCGAUGGUUCGAAGACAAGCGGCAAACAAUCUCGCGAAAUUCGUAAAGGAAAUGCCAGCUACAAUUGUGGUGGAAGAAAUGAUACCCCUUUUUCAACAUCUUGCCGGUGAUGACCAGGAUAGCGUACGACUUUUGACAGUUGAGAUAUUGAUCGCGAUUGCGGAGGUCGUACCAAAGGAACAGCAAUCGAGUCAUGGUGUUCUUCUCACAGCCUUAAGGAGUUUAAUUGAGGACAAGAGUUGGAGAGUCAGAUAUAUGGUUGCCGACAGAUUUGAAAAGGUUGGUCAUUUUUGGGCGAACUCAACCAAGGUUGCUAAUACAUGACACAGAUUGCCAAGGCUGUAGAUGAUGAAGUCGUUACUAGAGAUCUUGUCCCUGCCUUUGUGAAGUUACUCAAAGACAGCGAAGCCGAAGUUCGAACAGCCAUUGCUGGCCAGAUUCCCGGAUUUUGCAAACUGGUUGAUCGUACUACUCUUCUAAACGACAUCAUGACAACCGUGGAGGAUUUGGUUUCUGAUACAUCUCAACAUGUUCGCGCCGCCCUCGGAACUCAAAUCAGUGGCCUUGCCCCUAUUCUUGGUAAACAGGAGUAUGUCGUCUAGUGCUCGCUUAUUUGUACUUAACUAAUAGCUCUAGGACCAUCGACCAUUUACUUCCCAUGUUCUUGCAGAUGCUAAAAGAUGAAUUUCCUGACGUCCGUCUUCAUAUCAUCUCAAAAUUGGAGUUGGUCAAUCAAGGUUGGUAAUUUCUUACUUUCUAUAACAUAAUUCACUAACAAUUAUAGUCAUUGGCAUUGAGCUCCUCUCGCAAUCUCUCCUUCCUGCAAUCGUUCAACUUGCUGAAGACAAACAAUGGCGAGUAAGAUUAGCCAUCAUUGAGUAUAUUCCAUUGUUGGCUGCUCAACUGGGCGUAAAAUUCUUCGACGAAAAGUUAGCCGCUCUCUGCAUGGGCUGGUUGGGUGACACAGUCUUUUCUAUCCGAGAAGCAGCAACACACAAUCUCAAGAAGUUGACUGAAGUAUUCGGAGUUGAAUGGGCCAAUGAAGCAAUCAUUCCUAAAGUGAUGGCUAUGGGCCAACAUCCAAACUAUCUGUACAGAAUGACAACCUGCUUCGCAAUUACGGUAAGACUUGUUUGAAUGUGUUAUUUUUAAAUUUGCUGACUGAGAUCCCAGACACUUGCUCCAGUGGUCAGUCUUGAUGUGGUGGCCAAGUCCAUCCUUCCUAUGAUGGAUAAACUUGUCGUUGAUGACAUUCCAAAUAUCCGUUUCAACGUUGCCAAGUCAUACUCUGAGUUAAUCUCUGUGUUGAAGAGACUACCCGAUGAGGGCACAGUUUAUUCAUUGGAAAAAUCAGGAGAUGCCACUCCACCAUCAGCUCGCGGACAGGUCUUGAUUCAGGAGAGAAUAUUACCCAACUUGGAGAAGUUGCAGAAGGAUGACGAUGUUGAUGUUCGAUUCUUCGCUACGACGGCCGCUCAAUCAAUUGCUGGAGAGCCAAUGAAUACGUCGCCGUAG